GUAGAUACGUUGUCUUCUCACAUGUCUGGAACCUAGAAGAAAAUUCCAAUACCAGAGACAGCAAUAUAAAUAAUUUAUACACGCUGCAGAAUGGACUCCGAAGAGUUACGCAGCCCAAAGCCACUGUAAAUCAGGUAAUCGGGCCGUCGAUACCGAAUAUCGCAGUCAUGUAUAUACAUCGUGCUAGGCUUGGGGUUGUUCUCCCUCUGUGGACAACCCCAACUACGCGACCCCUUGUCGACGAAGCCCAACUUGGGGAUUAAGUCUCGGCAACCAUUUACCCUUGUCGUUAAGUGUUCUUGAGUCUCUAUAAAAGAUACAUUAUCGAGUGCAGCUCCCACGUAGUAGUAAAAAGUCGUUCUUGCUACAACUCACGAACCUCGACUUAGUGCCCAAAUCCAAGCGUCGCGAUGAAGUGGUUCACUCUCACUACGCUGGCGCUAAUUGCGCCCGGCCGUGCUCUCAUUCGCUUCCCUUGUGCUCAGUUGGUAGUUGAUCGCCUUGAUCCGUUGGUGAACCCCGGCCUAAUUCCCUCGCCGCAUCUACAUCAAAUUGUAGGAGGUAACUCCUUUAACGCCACCAUGGACCCGGCUAAGGAUAUGCCCGGAGAGUCUACCUGUACCACUUGCCAGUUCAGUGAGGACUUUUCCAAUUACUGGACUGCUGUCUUGUACUUCAAGGCCAAGAAUGGGACAUAUAAGCGUGUUCCCCAGCGCGCGAACUCGGGCUUUGAUAGUGUUAAUGCUGGUAUGACGGUUUACUAUAUGCAGGAUGGUCUGUACAACUUCCAACAGACCUCCAAGGUUACCGCUUUCAAGCCUGGUUUCCGUAUGUACAUCGGUGACGUGAAUGCCCGAAAGCAAGAGGAUAUUGAGCGCUUCCGCCAGCUCACCUACACCUGCUUGCAGGAUAUCAACACUCGUGAUCCUCAAAUUCUGGACUUCCCCAAGGAGCCCUGCCCAGCUGGUAUUAUGACGGCUUUGAGAUUCCCAACAUGUUGGGAUGGUAAAAAUCUUGAUUCCGCUGAUCAUAUGUCGCAUAUGGCGUAUCCUGAGAGCGGCACCUUUGAGACUGGUGGUCCUUGCCCGGCAUCGCACCCGGUGCGAAUGGGGCAAUUGUUCUAUGAAGUGAAUUGGGAUACAACUCAAUUCAACAACAAAGAAGACUGGCCUGAGGAUGGACAGCCAUUCGUGUGGUCGUUUGGCGAUUCGACUGGCUAUGGUAACCACGCCGAUUACGUCUUCGGCUGGAAGGGUGAUGCGCUACAGCGAGCCCUCGACUCACCAUGCUACAUCAACUGCCCCACUCUUAAGACCCAGGACACGCAAGCGAUGAACUCUUGCAGUAAGGACAGAGUUGUCACUGAGGAUAAUAUUGACGAUUGGGUUGACACUCUGCCUGGAGGCAUGGUUGCUGGUAUGUAAAAAUUUGGCGCUUUAGACUGGAGUGAUAGCGGUAGAGAUAGAUCGACCUGUGUAUCAUAACAUCCUUAUAAUAUCUCUAAACUUCAAAUGAAUUUGCGUAGAUACCUAAGACCGAUGGACGCCGAAACUCAUCAGAAAGUAAGCUAAGUGAAGCAUUUCACGGACUUAGGGACUUAGGUACUUCUUUCCGAACGCCCGAUAUGAGAAUGAAUAAAAUGACAUGUGAAAUUUAGAUAAAUUAGCCAUGUACAUUAGGAUCAAUUGAAAGCGAAUACCUAC